UCACAACCUGAGUUUAUAAAUUGAAAGCCCCUGCUUGAUUGUACUACUGAGUGCACAAGAAGACUUCACAUCUCUUUCUGCUUUCUGCCAUUUAUACAUAAUGAGAUCAGUUGUGGCAAUCCUUUGUGUUCUCUCAUCACUUAUACCACAAGGUUAUUCUCUCUCAUGUGUAGAGUGCUUUGGAACUAGCAGUUCAUGUACAGGCAGCAGCAAAACAUGUGCAACUGGCUACCAAUGUUUGUCAACAUACAGUGUUACUACGGUUACAGGUGGAACUGAAGUUAACUUGUUUGCCAGAUCAUGCUCUCCAGCAAGUGAAUGUAAUGUUAAGGGAAGUAUCAGCAAUCCAUAUAUGAAAGUCAGAGUUUCAAGCAGUUGUUGUAGCACUGACAAUUGCACUCCAACAACACCCACUUUACCAACUUAUAGCUCCCAACAAAAUGGACUGACCUGUAGAUCCUGUAUCUCUGCAACCUCAGACUGGUGUUACACUCAGGAAACUGUGUCAUGUACUGGAGAUGAGGACAGGUGUAUUUUGCAGUCUACAAACUUAGCAGGAACAAAAACAGCAGUCCGGGGUUGUGCUACUAAAAGUAUCUGUGACAGUGCUAGUCAAACGUCUAUCCAAGGCGUUUCUGUGACAUGCAGCAAUGGAAGUACGGGUCUACAUAUUGGCAUUUUUUUACCAGCUUUUCUCUCUCUUCUAAUAAUAAAAAUGAUUUCUUAGAACAUUUUUUUAAUAUAAAUAUAUCAGUUCAACUCUUAAUCAUACUGAUGAACUACUGAAUAAAAUUGAUAUGUUUAAAUAUUACAUUUACAUUUAUUAAUUGUACAUUUCUAGUGGUACAAUGCAUUCUUCUAAGUAAUUAAGUUGGUAAUAACUGAUCAUUUAUGUUUGUGUUUAAUAAAAGUAUUGACAAAUUUGG